UUUAUUUUCAAGAAAGACGUGUUCUUUAAAAUUUUUUGAAAAUGCAGAAACAAGAUGACUCAACAGGGAAUACGAGAGAGGCGGAACUGCUCCCAAUCGACAUCUAUUACAACAAACUUUUGGACUGGCUUUUGGAUAGAAGACACUGUGAUGUGAAAUGGCAGACAGGUGUUUUGGAGGUUAGAGAGAAAAUUAAUGCAGCCAUUCAGGAUAUGCCGCCUGUGGAUGAAAUCACACAGCUUCUUUCUGGAACAUACAUCAACUACUUUCACUGUAUCAGAAUUGUAGAAUUACUAAAGAUAUCAGAAUCAGCAACGAAAAACAUUUUUGGUGGUUAUUCGUCAAAGAGGAUGAAGGACUGGCAGGAAAUUGUGAAGCUAUAUGAAAAAAAUAACAUCAACCUAGCUGAAGCUGCUCACCUUUUAAUAAGGAAUGUCAACUAUGAGAUCCCAUCAUUAAAGCGGCAAAUAGGAAAGUGUCAGCAGACUCAAAGGGAUUGCACAAGGAAGGAGAGUGAAUAUUCAUCCAAUGCAGCAUUAUUUAAAGAAAAGUAUCAAAGUGUGUGCCGACAAAUGGGUAUUAAGGGUGAUGAUGUGAAAACAGAAUUAUUGAGUCUACUGAAUGAAUUGCCUGAACUAUACAAAGGGAUUGUAUCAUCCAUUGGCAGUUUAAAGAAUGCAACUCAUUAUUACGAGGCAUUUGUCAACUUUUUAGUUCCAAGUUAUAACAAUGAGAAAGAGAGCUCUGAGGUGACUACACCACUUGUACGACACAUCCAAAAGCAUGGUAACAGCACAGUUUAUCAGUGGAGGACUGGCAAGAUACCAUCGGUUAUUAUUCCUGACAAAAGACCAGAGACAACAAAUGUAGAAAAUGAAGAAAGUGGGGAUAUUGACUGGGGCAUUGAAACUGUUACCACCACUGACACUGGGGCAGAUAAUAUUGAUUGGGGGGAGGGUGGUGAGGAAGACACAGGGGGAGUAGACUGGGGGGACAGUGGUGAGACUAUUGACUGGGGUGAAACAGGGCAGGAUAAUCAGGACAGUGCUAUUGAUUGGGGAGAUGACACUGGGACUGCUGACCAUGAGGUGACAGUGGAUAGUGGAGGAAUUACAUUGGAAGGAUCUGGUCAAGAUGAAGGAGGAGUGAUAAGUGGUGAAGAUGCCGAGACUUUAAUGGAUACAACUCAAACAAGAAAUCUCUUAAUUGACGAGCUCCUGGAGCUUCAGGGUUUCUUACGCCAGAGACUGAUGGAGAUGAAGAGUGAUUCUGAUGUCUUGUCAGCCAAUCAGUUUCAGUCGGCUCCUCAGCUAAUUCAAAUGCAGUCAGUGGAAUCAGUCCAAUCCAUGGAGUCCGCUGUAACAGAUGUUCUGUCGACCCUCACUUCAAUGAAGAUGCACAAUUUGUUUUUACUUAAAACUUCUCCUCGAUACCUGGACCGCUUAGCUGAUUCCCUUCAGCAAAAACUUAAAGUCUCAGAAAAACUGGUAACGUCCAUUAAAGUGAUGGCUGAUAAACGACAGGCGGCCACCAUAGAACAGAGAGACUUGGAACCUAAACUUGAAAUUAUCAGAACUAAAACAAAAGAACUACAAGAACAGAUUUCUCAAGAAAUAUCCAAGAAAUACAAGAACAGGCCGGUGAAUAUAAUGGGUGAAAUAAACACUAUUUAGAAACAGGUUGUUUAUUUCAUGUUUACUGUGUUGUCAUUUCUGGUGUUUAAAUUGAAGUUAUAUUAAAUAAAACUACAGCAGUGUUAAAAAAAAAA